AUGUCAAAAUCCAUUACGAAUACAUCUUUUAAUGAUCCAGAACUAUCCAAAGGCUACCAUCUACUCACAGAAUCAGCGCACACUGUCAAAGUAAACACACCCUCCGUUCCACCCAACACAGCGCAUCGCUAUCCACUUUUAGCUGGCUCCAACUGGACCUAUUGCAUUAGCGAACCUCGUAUCGUCAUCGGCAGAUCCGCCACAGCUGCACCUGGACAGAAACGCACGCGAAAAGAGCAGCUGGUGCAUGUGGAUUUCGUCGACUCCAAUACUGUUUCAAGACGACAUUGUGAGAUACGAUUCAGUGCACGAAGAGAGCGAUGGGAGUUGUAUGUCUACGGAAGAAACGGUGUCAAAAUCAACCAUGUGGAUAAAAAACCGCGAGAUAAACCAACUGUGCUAAAAACGGGUUCCUUGAUUGAGAUCAAUGGUACCACCUUUGUGUUUAUUCUGCCUGACAAUUUCAUUCAACCACGAUACCCAAGCCAGCGAGGAGACGACGAUGGAGGAGAGGAGUCUGAGAUUACCACACCCAACGAUCAUCAUGACACUGGCGUGGACCAUGAACUCGCAUCUGCUAUUGUAGUCUUAUUUAACGAGGCUCAAACAGAUCUAAGUACUAACGAAAUCAUGACUGAAUUGAAAAAGACAUACAACAAGCCAGUCGAGAAGGAAACGCUGCUUCACCUGCUGGUUAUCGAUCCCAAUUUCCAUUUAUCACCCAAUUCCAUUUCCAUGUCUUCAAAAGAAUCAGAUCAAGCAAAAUGGUCUCUUCUGCCCGCUUCGACUUGUGAUCCUUCAGAGGCAGCAGCUCAAAAGCAACUCAACAUCACAGAGCCUGUCAUUAUCACCGAAAGUACUACCAACAACCAUGAGCUAUCAAACGAUGCAACCAAUACAAAAGAAUCAACUGAUUUACCGCCUGCUUUACUGCCGAGUGUAUCGCUCUCUCGGUUGUUCAAUGAUGGUAUUGAUGAUGGAGACUGGUCUGUAUUCAUGCCAGAUUCACCUCUGGAUCAAUCCUCUCACGAAAACUCUCAACAACCAGCAGCCGUAACAACAACAACAGAAGAGGAACCGGGAGUAUUGGAUCAGCCAAGUAGUCUAGAAGCAGCACCCAGUUUAGAGGCACCCAGUAGUUUGGAAUGGGAAAGUGGCACAACUCCUGGUAAAGACAAUGGUCAGCAAAAUGAGGCUUCUCAUCCUUCAUCACCUCGAAACAACUGCGCAGUGCAGGAAGGCCAAGAAGAACAACAAGAACAACCAUCGGCGACAUUACCUGCCAAUGCACCUCCGGCUUUAUUCAGAGGACUUUCCAUUGAAUCCAUGUAUUCGCUGUGGACAAGUUCUACAUCAUCCCUAUUUGCGUUUGAAGAUAGUUUGGUUGACGACGCCUUGCCCAACAAACGAUUAAAGCAUAGCAGCAGCGAUGGAUCUACUCGUUCAAGCAACAGGAACGACAAAAGUACUGGAGCAAAGAAAACAGACAACAGCACAGCGACAGGCAUUGUUCAAACAAACAUUUACAAGGAAAUUCAUACUAGAAUCCUCAUUUAA